AUGCAAGCACCCGUGUCCUCAGCUUCAGAGCCGGAGCUGCGGCUGGUGCUGCUGGGCUCGCAGAGGCUCGGGGCCAACGCUGUGGCCAGCUCCAUCCUGGGCCUGGAUCCUAAAGCCGCGGUGUGGGGGGGGCGCACGGCCUGCAGCAUGUCCCAGAGCGCGGAGGUGAACGGGACCCGAGUACAGCUGGUGAAGGCUCCGGUGUGGCUGCGGAGCUACCACCUCCAGGACACUGCGGAGCUGGUGAAGCAGGAGCUGUCUCUGUGCGUCUCCUUGGCUCCUCCUGGUCCUCACGCCUUCAUCCUUCUGUGUGAGGUGGACCUGCCCUUCACCAGCGCCUGUGCUCGGGCCGUGUGCGCCCACAUGGAGCUGCUGGGCCCACAGGUCUGGGACCACACCCUGAUCCUGUUCACCUGCGGGGACUGGCUGGGCCGGGGCUCUGUGGAGGACUACCUGUCCGGGGAAGGGCUGCCCCUGCAGGAGCUGCUGCAGAAAUGUGGCGGCCGCUACCUGCUGGACACCACCAGCGCAGAGCCGGCGCUGAGCCUCAGGGUGAUGAGGGCCGUGAUGGAGAUGAGGGAGACACUCUCAGAUCAACACUUCCUCAUCCAGCAGCAGCAGAUACAGGCCCUCAUCAGGAAGAGAGAGGAGGUGGGGAGGAGAGCAGAGGCCCGGAGGGAGAGGAGGGAGAGGAGGGAGAGGAGGGAGCAGGAGGCCAAAGACCAGAGACAAGAGCGGCCUCUGUCUGAGCUCACCGUGGUUCUUCUGGGCUGGGUUUUCGCGGAGAAGACCAAAGUUGGCAACGCUCUCCUGGGAGCGAUGGAGUGGGAGGGUCGGACCCUGACCUGCAACAGGAACAGAGUGGACCUGCCGGGACUCGGGCUCACGGUCGUGGACUCUCCUGGUUGGUGGAAGUUCUUCUCCGCUGGUCUACUACCAGCAGACACUCGCACAGAGAUCCAGCUGGCGUUCAGGGCGUACAGAGAGGCCCCUGGGGGCAGAGCCGUGCUCCUGAUGAUCCCCGCCGACACCUCCUUCACGCAGGAGCAGCUGCAGGUGACGGAGGAGAACCUGAGGCCGUUAGGGGAGGAGGUCUGGAGCCACAUGGUCCUGGUCUUCACCCGUGGACACUGGCUCGGACAGAUGACCAUCGAGCAACACAUUGAGAGCGAAGGAGACGCGCUGGUGCAGCUGGUGGAGCGCUGUGGCAACAGGUAUUUUGUGUUUGACGGAGACGCAGACCCGGCUCCACUGAAGGCUCAGGGACAACAGCUGGUUCAGAUGGUUGUGGACCUGUGUGGAUCCGGACCAGGCCGACACACUGGAUCUGAAACAGUGAGAGAAGAGCCUACAGAGAAGCUCCAGGAUGAAGACCUGAUGAAGAUGGUGGGGGUCCUGCACAGACUCUGGGCCUGGGAGUCGUGGGAGAUUGAGGAGUUCGCUGCCAGGUUCUUUGAGCGGCCGCUGUACGAGUUUACAGAUGUGGCAAGCAUGCAACUCACCCACAUGUUCAAAAGCUCGUCGGACCUGGGGCUGGUGAAAAAGCCUCGUGAGGAGGUGGAGAAGAUCCUGAGGGACGAGAUGAAGGGGAAGAGUCUGGAGGAGGUGGUGGAGGCCGCGCUGCAGGUCUACUUCAGGAAGGAGGUUGGAGCCUUCGACAUCGUGUCAAUCAUCUGUGAGAAGAACCAGUUCAAGGCCGAGUGGAAGAGUCUGUUUGAGAGAGAGUGGGCUCGGCGGGAAGUGGGUCUCAAAGAGUACGUCUUCAAUCGAUACGUGCGCAAAGGAUUUGAACAGGCCCUGGAGCUGAGGCAGAGCCAUGAUAAAGUCUCUGCAUGGCUCGACACCAACCACCCGGGUCCUCCGACCAUCGAGGACCUGAUCCGGUUCUUCAUGCAGAAGGUGUCUAAGCCUGUGGAGGAGGAGGGCUGCACAGGGGUCAUGAUCCAGGCCUGA